AUGGCAAACACUCAAUCUAUCGAUUUGUUAAAAGAAUUAAAUUCUAAGCUUUUAACUGAGAUUUCUGAUCUUAGAAAGGAGAAUUCUGACGUCAAGGCCGAGAAUACAAAAUUAAAACAGGCUAUGGAAGAGAAUGCCGAGCUUAAGAGCAGAAUCGAUGAGUUGGAGAAAAAUAGGACAGAUAGUGAUGCCGAGAAUGCUGAACUUAGAGUUAGAGUUGCGAAAUUAGAACAGGAUUUUGGGCAUGUACGAGAAAGUGGCGAUAUUACUAUCGAAGAAGCUGUUGUUAUACCUGAUCCUGUAAAAAACCAGUACAUCAAUGCCAAUUCCAAGACUUUGAAGAAUAUAGAGACAGAUUCUUUCUUAGACUCGGAAUAUAAGAAAAAGGUUAGUAAUGAGAUAAGGCAAUGCAAUAAAGAGAAGAAACUUCUGCGUGAAUCCAUCAGCCAGAACGUUACUUCCGACUCAUCACAUGAUAUAAAAACCGUUAACAUUGUUAACGAUCAAGAUUCAGCGGAGCUGGCACAGCCAAAAUUAUCACAUAAUACAGAAGUCAUUAACAAUAUCUCGCAGGAGCAAGUUCAGAAAAGUAUUAUGAAUUCCACUGAAGAUUUAACCUUAGUAAGCGAAUUCGUACAAGAAGCUAAGAAUCUUACGGAUAAGAUUGCAAGGAGCCAGAUUUAUAAUGAAAUGAGACCAUACCUUACAGGCAUUUCUGAUGGGUAUUUACGUGUAAUGACUUGUAAAGCAAGAAAAAUUAAUAAGUUAUUUGGAUAUGAUUAUGACCCUGUAACUCUGGAAAAAAUUAAUGAUUAUGUGACAUCGAAAACCGUUAACAUUGUUAACGAUCAGAGUCAUAUGACAUCGAAAACCAACCAAACUAUUGCAUCUUCGAAAUCUGAGGUAAGCGUCUCAACUGCGGUGAGUACUCCGGCUAUGAGUCCAGAGUCUUCGACUCAUGAAUUUUCACGUUUAGAACUAAAUUAUAGUAUAGAUAAAGAAGGCGAACAUCAAAAGGAUUGCUACUGGAUCUAUGGUUCACGAAUAUGUCCUAUAUGUGGAAAAAAUCAUUGGUAUCUAAAUGAUUCGGGAGUUCCACUUGACGAGGUACUAGAAGCGUAUUCAGAAAAUUUUGCAUCACCUUUUCCUUGGAACUAUGCUCUUAAAUUUCCUGAUAAAAGCAUAGCAAUGGAGGCAUGA